CAUAAAUAGCGAGUUGGUGACGAAUUUAGAUGUUUGAUCACAUUAGCUAACUGUCCUUAUAGCGGCACGGAAAAAACUCUGGUAAAGUUGUCGACACCGAAUAUUUUUUUUUUAAUUUUCCAAGAUGAACAGAAUUCUUCUCAGCAUUUUCGCAGUUGGCCUGUGUUUUUCAGUUGGCCAGGCUCUGAAGUGCUACAAAUGUGACUUGGGCUUCUGGAAAAUGUGCUACACCACCGAAGUUGACUGCAAUGCCGGGGAGAAUUGUUUCAGCGGUGUCGGAAAAGCAGUUACGGUUGUGGACAUCAAGAUGAAAGGCUGCCUGAAUGUGAAUGAAUGCAACAAGACGGCCACAACAUAUUUCCCUACCAGCUCCAACCACACAGUGUACAACAUAACGAAGGCCUGCUGUGACACGGACCUGUGUAACACUGCCCCGGGCCUGCCCCGAAUGAGCAUCCUGCCCCUGGCCCUCGCCACCCUGUCCACUGCCUUCAUGACCAAAGUCCUGGUGUAAAGGGGUGAAUCCCUCUGUGUGACCUACACACAUACAUAUGCAGAGGUUGAUAUACAUGUAGGUUGAUGGUUCACACACCCACAAAUCAAACAUUAGCACCAAUCUGUCUGUGUGUAUAAGAACUGCAUUACUUUUGUAUAAUUUGAGCCAAGGAGGAAACAUCUGUUAAAGUGUACCAUAUACCAGCUAAACUUUUAAAUGAUUUCUAUUAAAGAAUUUGAUUUGUCCUUGAUGCCUCUGGAAAUUUCUCAAUUUGUUUUAUGGCUCACUUGGAAAUGCAGUUGUUCAAACACAGACUAGCUUACACACAGACCCUUAUUCAGUUGCACUUAUGGAAAGCAUUGAACUUAAACUAUUUUGUAUGGAAUGCUCACGUACAAUUGGCAAGUUUCUAUUAACAUAAUUGAGCAGAUGUCUUCAGACACUUUAGUGGGAUGGAAAUCUGUCAGUCAGCAUUAUAUAACCAAUGACUGUUCAUACUGACAAUUCAUUGAUCUUCAAUAGGGAGCUCAGCUAACAGACAAUUUUCUAUCUCUGUUGUUAGUUACGAAUGCUUAUUUCUAACCACUAUUUCAAAUUGACGUUCACUGUUAAUUCUCCCAUUAUCCAGCCCCACUUGCUGUUGGGGAGCUCUACUGAUCACUCAGUUUACGAUGAAUAAUGCAAUUGCCAUGUGACCUCAUGUUGCCCCCAUUCUUGAGCUACGUGAUGACCUAGACCAGGGGUGGGCAACUCCAGUCCUCGAGGGCCUGAUUGGUGACACACUUUUCCCCCCCCAUCCCUAGCAAACACAGCUGAUAAAAUUGAUUAGAGAUUGAUUGGAGUCACGUGUGUUAGCUGGGGCUGGGGCAAAACUGUGCCACCAAUCAGGCCCUCGAGGACUGGAAUUACCCACACCUGACCUAGACCAAAGGAAGGAGGGACAAAUGCUCGACUGUUCUGUCUUGCCACGUUCAAAACAACUGGGAACUCUGGGGGGGGGGGGGGGGCGAGCUCCAACUGAGGAAAAAUCUGCCUGAACGAUCAUCCAAAUUGGAAUUCUGACUCGGGUCGCUUUCUAGAGCUCAGACUUUGACCAGAAGAUCACUGAUGUCAUGAUUUGACCUGCUAUUUUUCAGUUGUUUUGAACAAGGCAUCAAUCUCACUCUAGAAAGGGCAAACAACAAUGUGGUUCAACUUGUGUUGACUAGGAAUUGAAUUGAAUUCCUUCUUGCCUAAAGUAAUUAUUGUAUUUGUCUGGUAAGAUUAGAAUGUAUACUGAACAAAAAUGUAAACUCAACAUGUAAAGUGUUGGUCCCAUGUUUCAUGAGCUGAAAUUAAAGAUCCUAGAAAUGUUCCAUACGCACAAAAACCUUAUUUCUCACAAAUGUUGUGCACAAAUGUGUACAUCCCUCUUUGAGCAUUUUUCCUUUGCCAAAAUAGUCCAUCCACCUGAGAGGUGUGUCAUAUCAAGAAGCUGAUUACACAGGUGCACCUUGAGCUGGGGACUAAAGGCCACUAAAAUGUGCAGUUUUGUCACGCAACAAAAUGCCACAGAUGUCCCAAGUUUUGAAAUUGGCAUGCUGACUGCAGAAAUGUCCAUCAGAACUGUUUGCCAGAGAAUGUAAUGUUAAUUUCUUUAGCAUAAGCCACCUCCAAUAUUGUUUUAGAGAAUGUGGCUUCUUUACCAGCGGGAUUGUCUGAGACCAGCAACCUGGACAGCUGAUAACACUAAUAUUUCUGUCUGUAAUAAAACUCUUUUGUGGGGAAAAAAACUCAUUCUGAUUGGCUGGGCCUGGCUUCCAAUUGGGUAGGCCUAUGCCCAGUCAUGUGAAACCCAUAGAUUAGGGACUAAUUUAUUUAUUUCUAUUGACUGAUUUCCUUAUAUGAACUGUAAAUCAGUUUAAAAAAAUAAUUGAAGCAUGUUGCGUUUAUAUGUUUGUUCAGUAUCAAUAUAGAGUUAAAUAAAGCUUUUAAGUGCUA